AUGCCGGGAGCUCAUGGGCCGCAGUGCGGCUGCAAGCAUGAGACAGAGUUGAAAGGAGGGGAGUUUCUUCUGCCUUACAUAAAUCUGGACGGUGUCCGGGGACUGAACGAACAGAUUUCAGGUUCGGCAAGAACUAUUCUCAAGUCGUACGGCAACAGGCUAGAUGAAACGAAGUUUUGCCGCAGCGAAGAGGACGACCCAGAACUGAUCAUCCAUAUUCCAUUCAAAUCGCCGUGCAAGAUUGCCAGUCUCCACCUCAUUGGUGGUGACAACGGCCGUUCUCCAGCCUCUGCUAAAAUCUAUGCGGAUAAAGAAGACCUCGAUUUCAGCACCAUCCAUGACUGCCCGUGUGUUCAAGAAGUGGAGCUGGUCCCCGACUUCCACGGCUCCGUUGAAUACCCUCUAAAGGUGACGAAACUGCAGAACGUGUCGUGUCUCACCCUUUACUUCCCCCAAAACAUGGGAGGCGAUUGCCUCGAGCUCUUCUAUAUCGGCCUCCGAGGUGAAGGCUCCAACUACCAACGGAGAGCGGUAGUCACGGUGUACGAGGCGCGCGCAAAUCCCGCAGACCACGAGGUCGGUACAGAACAAGGACACCAGACAACCGCGAUGGAGGAAGGCAACUGA